AUGAUUGCAAAGUCCAUUGUGGCCAAAGGAUUUGAUCCAAGUGAGACUUUGACCACUCGCGGGUGCCACAUUGGCUUUGGUACACUAAGAUUUGGUGACGGUCAGAAGCGUGGGCUUGCCUGUAGAUUAGUGUCACUUGGCUGUUGCAUUGUGCACUGUAUGGCUGGGCGUGGGCUUUCUACACUAAGAUUUGAUGCAGUGAGUGACAACUUCUAA